GGAGCCGGGAUUAGAGCCCGUGACCUUCUGACUCCCAGAGCAGAAAACUGAAACUCAGAGGCGUUAGGUGACUCGCCUGGGGUCACACAGCAUGUGAAUAGCAGAGUCGAGGCCUCAAGGCUUACAGACCUGGGAUCCCUCCGGAUUCUGCUUUGUUGCUGACAAUGCCCGCCUGUCGGGCUGUAGACACAAUGACCUGGAUAGGUGAUACGAAUUAAGAAAUACAUCAUUUUAGUCUCCCCGAUGGCCUCCGCGGCCUCCUCCUUCCCGGGAACGGAGCGUCCUCCACGGCUUGGGAACCCCGGACCCUGCCGGAUUUAGAAGCCGUCUUCGCUUCCUCGUGCUCCUCCACCAUGGAAGACCCAGAGGCGGAGUUCGACUCCGGGCUGGAAGAGGACGACUCAGAACGGCAAGACGUUGUUUUGGGGGAGUCCACAAUCUUCGUGGCCUUCCGGGGAAACAUAGACGACGAGGACUUGAAACGGAAGCUCGACGCCAUAUUGGAGAACGUCCCCCAGCUCUUAAGCAUGGAGUCCGGCAGGCUGAGAGUGCAGAAGGUGGAACCGUGGAACAGCGUCCGCGUGACCUUCAACAUCCCCCGGGAGGCCGCGGAGCGGCUGCGGAACCUGGCACAGAACAACAACCGGCAGCUCCGGGACUUGGGGAUCCUCUCGGUGCAGAUCGAAGGGGAAGGAGCCAUCAACCUGGCUCUGACUCAGAAUCGAAGUCAAGAUGUCCGCAUGAACGGACCCAUGGGAGCAGGUAAUUCAGUGAGAAUGGAGUCGGCCUAUCCCAUGCCAGGCGGGCCAGGGUUGAUGAGAAUGAGCAGUCCGGCGGCUGUCAUGAUGCCCCAGGGAGGAAGCGUCUCAUCUUCUCUUCUGGCCGCGGGCGCCGGUGCCGACAUGCAACCCAGAGCCCCUCGGCCCGCCCCGCCACCAGAUGCACUGGACCCGCUCCUGUCCGGGCUCCCCCUGCAGCCGCCAAGUCACCCACCCGGGCCUCUUGGUCCUCAGCUCCACCCCAUGCAGGCCAUGGCAGGCAGCAGGCAGAUGAACCCCGCGAAUUUCCAGCAGCAGCCGCCGCCGCCGCCGCAGCUCCAACUCCAGCAGCAGCAGCAGCUGCAGCAACAGCAGCUCCAGCAGCAUCAGCUGCAGCUGCAACAGCAACAGAUGCAGGCCCGGCCCCCGCAGCAGCCGCCGCCGCCGCCGCCUCCGCAGGGCCUCCGCCCCCCCUUCCCGGCCUCCGCUCAGGUGCCCGUGCCCCCCGGGUGGAACCAGCUGCCGUCUGGAGCCCUUCAGCCCCCUCCGGCCCACGGGCCUCUGGGCCCCUUGACAGCAAACCCGGGCUGGAAAAAGGCCCCCAUGGCGGGGCCCGUGCAGCUGCAGCCUCAGCAACAGCCGCCGCCCACACCGCAGCCUCUCCAUCAGCCGCAGCCGCAGCCACCGCUGCAGCAGCCGCAACAGCAGCCGCCGCCUCUCCAGCAGCAGCAGCAGCAGCAGCAGCAGCAGGCAUCCCUGCUCCAAGCCCGCCCAUCUCUGGCCACAGCUCAGACACCCAACCACCCCCCGCCUCCGUACCCCUUCGGCAGUCAGCAGGCCUCGCAGGCGCACGCCAGCUUCCCUUCCCUGGGCAGCCCGGGCCCCUUCGCGGCGGCACAGAUGAAGAGCCUCCAGGGCGGGCCCUCCCGCGGCCCCGCGCCUCUCCAGCAGCCCCACCUGGCCUCCAAGUCCCCCGCCUCCUCUCCGUCCGCCUCUUCCUUCCAGCAGGGCUCUCCUGCCUCCUCUCCGACGGUCGGCCAGACCCAGCAGCAGCAACAGCAGCAGCAGCAGCAGAUGGGGCCGAGGCUGGCUCAGGGUAGCGCCCUUCCCCAGGGAUUCCAGCCCCCGGCCAGCUCUCCAGGGCGGAGUCCCAUGGUGCCGCCGCAGGGGAGUGUGCCGCCCAACUUCCUGGUGAUGCAGCAGCAGCAGCAGCAGCAGCAGCCGCCGCCGCAGCCCCAACCGCAGCCGCCGCCGCCAAGUCAGGGUCCACAAGGCUUGCAGCCCGGCCUGGGAGGAAUGCCCAAGCGCCUCCCACCCAGCUUCCCAGCCGGACCUGCCAACCAGGCCUUCAUGCCGGGUCAGGCCCCGCCUACGGCCGCGGGAGCCCCCGGGAGCACCGGAGCACCUCAGCUGCAAGCGAAUCAAAACGUGCCCCACGCAGGAGCCCAAGGAGCUGGCCCUCCCCAGCCCCAGCUGGCCGGCCCCCACGGCCCACCGAGCAUGAUGCAGCCCGGCUUGAUGGGUCUCCACGGCAACCUCAACCAACAGCCACUGCCACAGCCGCCUCCGCCGCCGCCGGCGGGUUCCGGCGGCGUGCCCCCGGUGAACCUGGCCAACGUGCCGCCGCAGUCUCAGCUCCUGGGCUUGCACCAGCAACUCCUGGCCUCCCAGGGGCCCAUGGCGACCCCGCAGGCGCCGAUGAUCCUCUCACGGACCCAGCUCAUGCCCCAGGGACAGAUGCUGGUGGCCCCUCAGGGCCAGGGCCAGGGCCAGGGCCUCGGGCCGUCUCCCCCCAGGAUGGCCCCGCCCAAGCCGCCGGCCCCGCCGCAGGGCCAGCCGCUGAUGUCGCCUCACGGGCAGGUGGUGGGCCCGCAGGGGCAGGUCGUGCUCCAGCAGAACCCCGGGAUGGAGCAGAUAAUGAGCGGACAGGUGCCACCCGGCAAGCCGCCCUUUGGGGCCCCGAGCCAGGCCGGGGUGCUGCUGAGGGGGCCGGCGCCGGCCCUGCAGGGGAGCAUGGUGCCGUUCCCGGCCCAGAUGAUGGCCCCGCAAGGCCCGGGGGGCGGCGGCGGCGGCGGCGGCGGCGGCGGCCCGGCUCAGCCCCUGCGGCCCGCGGGCCCCGCGGGCCCCGCCCCGCACGGGCCUCCGCAGCCUGGGGAAUCCCCGGCGGCCCCGAGCAGCGACGUCGGCCUGACCCAGUUGAUGCCCGACGUUUCGGCCCAGCAGGCGAACCUGGGACCUCCCCACCUCCCCGCCCUGCCGGGGGCCGCGGGAACGGGGACCCACUUCGCGGGGCCCGGGGGGCCGUUCGCCGCUCCCUUCGGCGGGCCGCCUGGCGGGAGCCAGCUGUCCUGCGGCCAGAGCCCCGGCUUCCCGGUCAACAAGGAUGUCACCCUGACCAGCCCUUUGCUGGUCAACCUGCUGCAGAGUGACAUUUCUGCCGGGCACUUCGGGGUGGGCAACAAACAGAAUGCCCCCAACGCCAACAAGCCCAAGAAGAAGAAGCCCCCGCGCAAGAAGAAGAACAGCCAACCUGGAGAGCCGCUCAUGCCUGCGGAUUCGCGCCCGACCGGGCUGGAGGAGUCUGACCAGCAGCCGCUGCCCGGAGAGGAAGGCGUCACCCUAGACAGCACCAGCCCCAAGCUGCCGGAUUUCACCAGUCGCCCACCGUGUUAUCCUUCUCAACCGGCUGAACAGAGGCCUCUUCAGCAGCUGCCUCCACCCCUCAUGCAGCACGUGGGCCCCCCGCCGCCGCAGCCGCCGCCCUUACCUCCCGCGCCGCCCCCGCCGCCGCCGCAGCCCCAGCAGCAGCAGCAGCAGCAGCAGCAGCAGCAGCAGCAGCAGCAGCAGCAACAGCAACAGCAGCUGAUGAUGAUGAUGAUGAUGCAGCAGGAUCCCAAAUCAGUCCGGCUGCCGGUCUCCCCGAACAUCCACCCGCCACGGGGCCCUCUGAGUUCGGACGCCCAGAGGAUGCCCGGGCAGCAGGGCGGGGGGGGCGUGGCCGCGAUGCCCGGCGUGCCCGCGAUGGGCGGCCUGCAGGGCCCCGGUUCCGUCCCGCCCUCUCCGGAUAAGGCGAGGCUGCCCCUGCCUGGCAACCCUGCUGCUCUGGGGAACAAUGCCAGGAAGAUGGCUUACCAAGAGAGCCCCCAGAACCCGUCCAGCUCGCCCCUGGGAGAAGGGUCCUCGGCGCACGGGCUCCCGGAAGGAGGCGGGAGCGACGGGCCGCCCGCCACGGGGCCCGGGAACCACCUGGCGUCUCACCUGGUGCUCUCCCAGAGCCAGCUGCUGCUGGCGGGGCCCAAGGCCGGACCGGCUUCCCUGCCGCCGCCGCCGCCGGGCCCCGGCCCCGGCCCCCAGCAGCCUCCCGCCAGCUCUCUGCCCGGCUCGCACGGUCACCACUUCGCCAACGUGGCAGCCCCGGCCCAGGCCUCCCGGCCCAAGACCCCCAACCGGGCCAGCCCGAGGCCCUACUACCCCCAGACUCCCAACAACCGGCCACCCAGCACGGAGCCCUCCGAAAUCAGCCUGUCGCCGGAGCGCCUCAACGCCUCCAUAGCCGGCCUCUUCCCCCCGCAGAUUAACAUCCCGCUGCCUCCCCGGCCCAGUCUGAACCGCGGGUUUGACCAACAGGGGCUCAACCCGACCACCCUGAAGGCGAUCGGACAGGCCCCUUCCAACCUCCCCCUCGGCACGGCUCCCGCCUUCCCCGCCCCGCCGGUGCACAAGCUGGACCCCGUGGUGGGCGGUCCCGGGAAGCAGGCCAACGCCGCCGGGGGCACCAAGCGGGCGAGCCCGAGCCACAGCCGGAGGUCCAGCCCCGGGGCCGGCCGCAAGGCCGCCCCGAGCCCGGGCCGGCAGAAUGCCAAGACCCCGAAGCUCGGCCUGGCCGCCCAACCCGGCCUGACCCCGAUGCCCACCCCGGAGCCCCAGAGGAGCCUGGGGGCCGCCUUCCCGGGCGCUGCCCCGCCCGCCCCCGGCCCCGCGCCGCCCGGCGCCGAAGAGGCCCGUGAGGGCCCGACCGGCCCUCGGGAGGUCGAGGGUCCCCGAGACCAGCCUGGCGCCGAGCCGAAGGGCCUCUCUGUCCCGGAGGGGCCGGCCGUGGUCCCGGAAGAGCAGCAGAAGAAGGACGGCCCGCCGCCGGAGCCGCCCAAGCCUCCCGCCGGGGAGGAGGGCAGGGUGACCCUCCAGUCUCCGGCCAUGAGGGAGGCCCCGACGUCGCUGAGCCAGCUCCUCGACAACUCCGGAGCGCCCAACGUGGCCCUCAAGCCCCCCGGGCCCGCCGGCGUCGAAGCCCCGGCGGGUCCGGGGGUCGCCGGGGAGGAGCUCCGGAAGGCAGCCGUCGCUCCCCCGCCGCAGGAGCCGCCUCCCGCUCAGGACCCUCCCGGCCCCCUCACCGGCUCCCACUCCGGCGAGACCGGCGCCGGCCUCGGGCCCCAGGACCCGGGGGACAGGAGCGGGCCGGGUUCGCUGCCGGGCACGCAGAGGCCCGCCGGCGGCACAUCGAUGGCCACGCCCAUGCCACCGAACCAGAUAACCGUCUUCGUCACCUCCAACCCCAUCGCCUCUUCAGCCAGCUCGUCAGCUCCCCUGCCCUCGCACCUGCAGCCCGCCCUGAUGCCCGCGGUGGUCACGGUGCCCAGCGUGGGGAACAAGGUGGUGGUGUCCGAGGGCCAGUCCCCGGCGCAGAUGGCCGGCCGGCCGCAGUUCAUCACGCCGGUCUUCAUCAACUCGUCCUCCCUGAUUCAAGUCAUGAAGGGGUCACAGCCGAGCCCGCUCCCCGCUGCCCCGGUGGCCCCCAGCUCCGGCUUGGUGGCCCAGUCCGUGGCGGUCGUAGGCCCCCUGCACAUCCCGCAGAGCAUCAAGUUCUCCACGGCCCCCGCCGGCCCGCCACCUGCCGGCCCGGCCCCUAGCGCGUCGGCCGGCCGCCCCGUGGUCCUCAGCGCGUUGCCCGCGCCCCUCCCGCUCCCGGCCCCCGCCGUGCCGGCGGCCCCGGCCGCCCCGGCCCCGGCCCCGGUCCCGGCCCCGACCCCGGCCCCGGCCCAGCAAGCCAAAGACGCCGCGCCCGAGGAGGCCGGCGCCCCCGGGAGCGUUUCGGCAGAGCAGGGCGCUGUGGCCCAGGCUGGAGCCCCCGUCCCCGCUCUGGUCCCCGCCGGUUCUGGGCCUCCCGGCCACAGGCGGAGCCCCGUUUCAUCGGGCAAGGGCAAGGGGAAAGUGGACAAGAUCGGUCAGAUCCUCCUGACGAAGGCGUGCAAGAAGGUCACGGGGUCCCUCGAGAAGGGAGAGGAGCCGGGCGCCGCGGACGGAGACGCCGGGGGCCCGGGGCAGGAAGCCCCCGGCCCAGAGCAGCUGCUCUCGGAAGCGGAGGGCCAAACCGGGCCAUCCCCGGCACCCUCUUUACCGAGGCUGAGCCCUCCUGGCCCCGGAAACCCGGGUGCCAGCCCCACCGCGGCUGGGGGCGCCUCGCCGGCACCCAGCCUACGGAGCGGCACCCCUCCUACCGGUGCGCUCUCGCUGGCCCCCGCCCCCGGCGCUUCAGAGCCCACCCCCGCCCCCUCAAGCGCCAAAGGGCCCCCCGGCGGUGUGACCUCUGAGCAGCUCGGGAGCGGCCUAGCCGAGGACAAAGCAGGAGCCCACCUAGAGCUGCUUCAGAACACAGUGCCUUCCCAGAGCGUCCCUCUGAAGGAAAGUCCCGCCGCACCACUCCCAGGCGCUGCCCAGGGGCCAGAACCCGAAGCGGGUGCCACGGUGACAUCCGGCCCCAGCGAGCCCCGGGAGGCCGGAGACAAGGGCAAAACUCCGAGCAGAAGGAACUCCAGGACCGAGGAGCCCGCAGCCACCCCGACCCCGACCCCGCCGGACGGCGCCGACGGCGGCCAGCGCAAGCGAUCCUCCCGGCCCGCCUCCGCCUCCAGCGCCGCCAAAGACCCGGCUGCCAGCGCGAUGCAGUCCAAAAGAAGAAAAUCAAAGUAAGGGUGCCCAAGGCCCUCAUGGAUUGUAAAUGGGUGUGAAUUUUACAAAGAGAAAUUUUGAGCUGUGAUUAUUUUGUAAACAAAUCACUGUACAGUUAGUCUUUUUAAUACAGUGCCCCCCAUUCCUAGCCUUCGCAGUCUUCUUAAAAGAUGAAAUCAAAAUGAGAGUAUGGGGGGGUGCCUGACCCUCUCCUAAUGCAAGAUGAAGUACAGGGUUGUUGUAAUAAAUGAACAAAUGAAAUUGUACAUUUAGGUUUUUACUUUGAUGAAGAAUGAAGAGUCAGAGUUGUCAUUUCAGGUAUCUGAUUGUGUGUGUGCGUGUUGCGCGUGUGUGCAUGCACGCAUGCGCUUGCCUACUUUGCAGUCCCGGGGGCAAGGAUGCCCACCCCUUUGGGCGGAAGUGUAGAUAAUUUUCCGAUGUCGUAUUUCAGGUGUAUUUGUUGUAGAAAUGGACCGGUGAAAUGAAAAAUCAGUUUAAGAGUUUGUAUCACGUGCAGUCCUUUAACGCGCUGAAUAAAUGUUGUUGGCCCAGAG